AUGAGUGGUCCAGCCUUUGCCCCUCCCUCUGCGGAUGUUGCGGAAAUGAACCGUAUCCACUAUGAGCUGGAGUACACAGAGGGCAUCAGCCAAAGGAUGAGGAUCCCGGACUCGCUCAAAAUGGGCCCCGACAGCCAGACCGGGCCCCUGCCGAUGCUGCAGCCACUGCCCCAGACCACCAUUAUGCAGGUUCCAGAGAGGAUCAUCGUGGCAGGAGAUGACGAGGACGCCCGGUUCUCUCGUCCCAGAGACUUGGACCUGAUCCAGUCCGUGCCACAGAACGACCUGCUCAACAUGAAGGCUCCUCCCCGAGUCCUCACUCUGUCAGAGCAGCCGCUGGACUCUCUGGAGACGGAGGAGACUCGUGCUCAGAACCAGACGCAGCCCUCUCGCUCUCGCAGGGAGCGCAGUGUGAGCGACAACGUGUCCACUCGACAGAGCGCCCCCUACAUUGCCAGCCCCUCCCCCUGUGUCCCCGCCGUGCGCCUCUGCCCCCCCCUCUCCUCCCCUGAAGACGCCCACAUGAACCUCUUCACCACGGCCGGGUUCCUGUCGUACGUUCAGUCCACCACACGCCGCGCUUACCAACAGGUGCUGGAGCUGAUCGACGACAACCCGCGCAGGAUUUCUCACGACCUCGCGUUGGAUUUUCACGACGAAUCAAGUUUAGUGGAUGCUUCCUCGCUCCGAAGACAGAUUGUGAAGUUGAACCGGCGUCUGCAGCUCCUGGAAGAGGAAAACAAAGAGCGGUCGCGGCGAGAGGUGGUGCUGUACUCGGCCACCGUGGCGUUUUGGCUCAUCAACACCUGGAUAUGGUUUCGCCGCUGA